AUGCCGAAAUUGCUUAAUUUUGACCCAUCGUACGCUCAUCUAGGCAGAACUAAACCUACAGUACACGGCUUAGAUGGUUUCAUUCUAAAAACUAUAGCUGAAUAUGUCAAUUUUAGUAUUGACUUAGUCGGCGGUUUUGGGGAAGAAAAUUUCGGGUUUGGUUUACCAAAUGGUACGAUUACUGGAAGCUUAGGUGUAAUUGCGAAUGGUGAAGCUCAAAUUAGUGCAAACGGUAGAUUUAUAAUGGAUUAUGAUACCACAGCAAUAGAAUUUACUGUACCUUACGAUACCGAUAAAAUGUGCCCCGUUGUUCCCAAGUCAAAAAUGAUACCAAACUGGUUAAAUAGUUUUCAUUGCUUUACGACCCGAACCUGGCUAGCACUGUACUCUACAUUCUGCAUUUGUAUUGUUUUGUGGUACUUUAUAGGACCCACCAGAAAACAUUUGCAAGUUUGGUGGGAGAUGUAUGCAAUAUUUCGUGGCAUACCAGUUAAAAUCAGACCAACCUUAGCACAAGGUUUUUUCUUGUUUUGGUGUAUGGCAUUCAGUGUGAUAAUUUUAACCCUAGUGCAAGCUUCUUUUUUUAAUUUUUUUACACAUCCGCUAUUUUACCAAGAAAUAGACACUCUAGAAGAGUUAGAUCAGUCGAAUCUUCCAAUCGCAACAAAUUUUUAUCAGUUUGAUAGCGACGGUUCAGAACUAAUGGCAAACCUUAAAAAGAAAAGAAUUCGCUACCUUUCAAAUUUUAUGUCAGUUGUUGCAUAUAACCGCAACUUGGCACUGCUAGAAAGAAAACGUGAUGUGGAUUCUAUUAUUAAAACUCAGUACUUGUCUCCUGAUGGUACUCCACUCCUUCAUGUUGUAAAUGAAUGCUUUACGUCGUACUUCAUAUCAUACAUAGUACCACGUGGUUCAGCUUUACUGAAUAUUUUUGACGUGAUUCUUUUGAGGUUAGUAGAGAGUGGGUUAACUUCAAAAUGGUACCAAGAUGUGGAAUACAGCAUUACGACAGAAGAACUAAUGAAUCUUAAUCACAGAAAAAAACUAUGGAGAGCAUUCAAUUUGUUUGAUCUGCAAGCUGCAUUUUUCUUGUGGGUUAGCACGCACGCAACAUCCCUCUGCUACCGCCCUGUGCCCGCUAUGUUCGGGGUCCGCAGCACCGCCAGGGUUCGAACGACGAACGUAAGAGUAGCAGGGGCGACUCUAGCAACUAUCUCCUUCGCACCCCAGCACGACCGCGCGCUGUAUCGCUGGGGGGGAGGGAGGAGUACUGAGGCGGCGCAAUACCACGUAGACUUCAGAUAUUUACAGUGCGAACAUUAUGGGGUGCUGCUGAGGCUUAGGGCCUUUUCAGCACUAGGAGCACUAGGGGAUUUGUCACAUAAUUAA